UUUAGCCAAAUAAUAGACGAUUAAAUGACUCGCCUAUUAUUUGUUAGCUAAAUGCAUUAUAAACUUAGCCGAACAAGUGUACGCAAAGUGGAGUCGUUUCUGCAGAAUUAGCCCUAUUAGCUAACUUUGGUUGAAAGUUUUCCUCCGUUUUCUGAUUCAUUUCAUCAUGAGCUAGGCAGAAAGACUUUGCAAAUAACAUAGUGUAGUGUUGUGCAAGCAAACAUCGGUGGUCAUGGAUUGCAACAACGGGAGGCUGGCAAGGCAGUUGUGCGUCGCGGUGAACAAUGGAGAUACCAGAUCUGUACAGCUAUUCCUUUCCAAGGGUGCAAACCCAAACCUGGUGGGUAGUAAAGGUGUGGCUGCAAUACACCUGGCUGUCGGCAACGAAACAGAGAAGAACAUACGCUGCUUGAAAAUGUUGCUGCGGCAUGGAUCUGACCCCAAUGUCAGAUCUUCUGAUGGCCUGACUCCUCUUCAUGUCGCUGCUCUUUGGGGAUGCUAUCAAAAUCUCAAGAUGCUCUUAAUGAAUGGAGGGAACCCAAAUUUAAAAGAUAAUGACGGGAACACACCAGCACAACUAGCAGAACAACAGGACAAUUGGAAAUGUGCCUCUCUUCUUCAUGAGUACCAGUCCUCAGCUGAUACAGAAGAAGAGGACCUCCCCCAGUUUCAAUACUCUGUGUACUCAGACCAGACUGACACGUCCAGCUAUCCUGAAUCAGACUACAGCUUCAGUUCCCGCUCGUCCAUGAUCAGUGGCUUUGGUGAAGUCCCACUGAGCAGCACGAGGCGUUCAUCCUUUUUCACCUUGUCUAACAUAAAUGGAAGACCAAGUUGCAGGGGAGUAUCAUUUAAUGGGCCUUCUGUACUGUCAAGCACUCGCAUUUCUGCUGCAGGACCUGUAGCUACAAUGGCAGCUCCAGAAAAUGACGCCUUAAGUUGUGACGAUGGAACAGUCACUAAAGAUAAUGAACAGGCGGCUUCAGCUAAUGCUCCUUCAGAGUUUUUAUCCAGGCGAGCAAGUCGGAAGAGUGUUAGCUUUAGAAAAGUAGAUGACUAUUUCCCAGUUUUCAGUCCAGAAACUCGAAAACAGAGCACUUCUGCUGAAAUCAGCCAGUGCACUUUACCCUUUGACAUGUCUGAAUACUCAGACUUUCUAGAUUCUGAACGCAUGGCUACGGUUUUACCACAGCAGGGGAUCGACGUCACAUCACCGGACCAUGUAUUUGUCUUCUCUAGGGAAAGCAGUGAGAGCACAGAAGAGGAGCUAGAGAAAACAGUUAUCAGUCACUGUGCUCUUGAACUCAGUGAUGACGAACCAGAAGGGCAGAGCAACAAAGAACCUCCAAUGAAUCCUUCUGAACAACAAGAGCAGGCCCAUGUGGGUAGCAGCAGCAGCAGCAGUGGGACUCGCAGCAGUCAUUACAGUAGCUGUGAAAGUAACCAGUACACCAGCUGUCUGGAUGAUCCUGUACCCCUAAGACUUCAUUCAUUCCCUCUUAUAGAGGAGGCAGAGUCUGAUACAAGGACCAAACAGGAUUCUACAGACUCUGAAAAUGAACUCCAAAAGGGAGAUAAAAAUAUGUUAAGAGUUCAAACAGAACCCAACGGAGACUCAAAAUCUGAAACUGUACAACCUUUAUCAGGUUUGCUUGAUAAACUGACCUUAUCUGAAAAACAACAUGAAGAGACGGAUAUAUUGAAAGCUUCUAUGGGUUCUUUUUUAAGCACUGCAAAAAAACUUGAUGGGGUCAGGCAAGAUGCUGAGUCAUCAGAAGAAAAUAAUGGACUUCAAUUUACACCUAGCCCUUUUGUGACCGGCAGGACACGGUCUAGAUUGAGCCGCUGCUCAAUGAGAACAAGCAGAAACCCUGAGAGCAUGUUAAUCACAUCUUCUUUAUUUGACGAUACGCUGCCAACGCCAGUUCGAAUGUUUCGGCAGACACCAAGGUGUCAGAGCAGUGGGCAUGGAUUCAACUCACCUUACACACCUAGUUAUAUGUCACGCCACUUGGAGAGGUGCACUGAAAGAGACCCGCUACCCAAGGACAGCCAAGACCCCCAGUCCAGCACUCUUAGAAGUCCAAGUGUCAGUAAUAGCCAAGCUGAUACUCUUAUUCUACACAACAGAGUAACUGAUUCUGUUGAGGGAUCACAGUCUUUGGAUGACACAGACAUAUUAGACAAGAACCAGGACGACUCGGUCGCUGCUUAUGAAAAAAAUUUUGCGGAGAUUAUUCUUGCCAUAAGAGGACAGAACAGCCAUCUUUCUGAGGAUGAGGAAUUUCUAACAGAGGCUCUUUCUGGUUCGGAUGAGUCAAAAGUAGCUCAUCUGGCAGUUGAAGAUCAGGUAGAUGAUUUUAAAAACGACGACUGUUGGGUUACUGAAGACUACGGCUCAGAGUCCAACUCUGCAUCCUCUUCGUCCACCUCCAGCAGUUUUUCUCCAAAGACAUCCACGGAGGACACUGACCCUCCACGUACUCCAGGCACCGGAUGCACCCCAAGAUACAGCAUGAGCCGGCUGUUGAGCCGUCGACCACAGCGCCUAGCAGACCUGUCUUUCACUCCUGGGGGGCGUCCAGUAAUCCAGAACCUGGAUGAACCAGUGGAGUAUCUCUACACUGAUACAGAGCAGGGCCACAAGCUCAUUGAGACACACGUUCCACCUACGUCCGACACCUCACUCAGCUCCGGCACAAGUACCAGCAUCAGCGACGAGACCGUUUUGUAUGACUGGCGAGCUUUGCAAACUGAAACUAAGAGCAGCAAAGCUAAAGAGAACCUACAGCCUGAGAUGCGGGCUCAGGAAGAGGAAGAUGAUAAAUCUGAGUGCAGACUGUUGCCAGAAACUAGAGGAAUGACUGACAGGGAGCUGAGACUGAGGCUGGUGGAACUGGGAGAGAGCCCGGGUCCUAUCAGCCGCCUCACCAGGCCAACUUACCUGAGGAAGCUCUGCCGACUGUUGCAAGAGGAAAACUGCAACACACAGAAUGACAACAAGCAGUCUGACCAACCGCAGAAAGAUUUAGGGUAUAGUCCAGAUCUCUGUCGGGUCCUGAAGACUUUCCAGCUGCCCAAUUCCCAUGGUGAUGAGCAGUCCCUGUGCCAGCAGUUUGACCAACCUGAUCAAAACAGGAAGUGGAGGGAGGGCAUCAUCAAGUCCAGCUUUAACUACCUUCUUCUUGACCCAAGAGUGACAAAGAACCUCCCGUUCCGCAGUCACACCAUGACUCCUCAGGAAUGUUUCCAGACUUUCAUCCAUGCCAUAUUUUAUGUGGGCAAAGGAAAACGCUCCCGCCCCUACAGUCACCUGUAUGAAGCUUUAGAGUACUACCGAGGGGAGAAAUCCGCCAAAAAACUUUGUCCAAAAGUGCAGCACAUUCUCCAGGUGUGGACUGCCGGACAGGGUGUCAUCUCUCUGCACUGUUUUCAGAACGUCAUUCCUGUGGAAGCGUACACAAGAGAGGCCUGCAUGGUGGAGGCCAUCGGGCUAAAGAUGCUGACCAAUCAGAAGCGAGGAGAUUUCUAUGGCGUGGUGUCAAACUGGGAGCUAAAGAGGAAACGGGAGCUCGGGAUCCAUCUGCUAUACCGAGCCAUGCAGAUUUUCCUGGCUGAGGGUGAGAGACAGCUCAGACCAGCAGACAUCAGGCAGUAGAGACCCCUAUAGGAGUGGGGAGGUGUGGGAGGCUAUUAACUGCAAAACACCAACACUGAUGGGGUGAAAUAUCUACAUUGAUGGACAUCAGCUACAUGAGCCGCAUUAAACUCUUUAUCAGGGAUGGUUUUUUUCCCCCUAAAACCAAUACAGUUUUCCUUUUUUUAAUGCAGCCUGAACAUACAGUUUAUCAUUAUGCAGAAACUGUACAAUGCAUUUUUAGACUUGUUCUGUUUUAAUAAGUAUGCUCUUUAUACAUUUUCAAUGGAUGUUCUUUGUGGAAUUUGAGAAACUCACAAUAACUUUGUCUUAGCUUUUCAUGACAUGUGAACAAAACAAUCAUUUCUGUUGCAUUUCAACUUUCUGGAAUUUUGCCACAACUCAUUUUGAAAAAUGUUACUCCUUAGGUUUAAGCUUUAUUUUCACUUAUAGCCCAGUGCUUUUUUUUUUUUUUUUUUUAAAGUCACAGUUAAUUAAUGUCAAAUGAACUUUAUGUUUCAUAAAAUGUGAGACUUUUUUUACAUAGCUUAGUGAUCAUAGCUUGUAUUAAUUUAGUUUUGAUUAAAAAGAAGUUAGCUAAGUGAUGUAUUAGUGAGCAAUUAUAUUUUGAAGGAUGAAGAAUAAUGAGGUGUAAAAGGAGAAAAUUAUAGCUUGAAAGUAGAAGAUGAGAUGUUUCUGUUUAUUGGCAUAACCAGUUUAAACUUUGUUCCUAUGCGAAAGAUCCAUAGAUUGCAUGCUGGAUCUCAGGGGUUACAGCUGUUACUUGGUGUUAUGAUCUCCAUAAUUUCACCAUCUCAUUUACUACACAUCAGUGACCCAUGCAGUGAGCUUCCGAAUCACUCAUUAUCUCCACAGGGAAUUACGAUUGAUGAGCUCUCUGACAGUCUCACACGGCUAAAAAAGCAUUAGCACUGACAAAUGCAGACUUUGUGUUUUAGAAUGUUUGCUUUACAUUGCUUGUAAAGCAAAAUUAAACAAUUGCCACUUUAGUAAAGCACAUCAAAGAAAACACUACAAUUCAGGUUUUGGAAGAUUUCAUUUAAGCAAUUGAUUAAUCUAGAAGCACACUUUUUUAGGUCUAACCCCUAACCCUAAAAAAAAAUCUGUGCAUUACUUCUGAUAUCUUUCGUGGUUUGAAAAUAAAGCUCCCUGUCUUUGA